AGCAUGAAUGUGAUUAUUGACAUUGGACGUUGUCAUUGGAUUUAGGACGAGCGAGUUUGUUCAGUUCGCUCAGUUUAUAACUAUCCACUGUCGAACAAUAACAAUAUAAUAUCUUGCAGCUGUCACUUAACAAUGCAUUUAUUAUUAGUGAGUUAUCUCGACAGACAGAAAGGAUGAAUGUUUUCACAACGAGCAUGUUUGAACAAAUACACUGUAUCUAUCUAUUGAGUCGAAUUCAAACAAUUUCUGAACGUGAUGUCAUUUACGUUAUGUGAUGUACGUCAGGAAAGUGUAGAGAGAGCAAGAAUGUUGCAUCGGCCCCAUAAUCUCGCGAACUUUGUUCGAAACGUGAUAUGCCGCUACCAUGUCGAUCAAUUGUGUAUAUUCCAGAUUGGAUUGAUUAGAAGACAUGCCAGUAUUUUAGUAGUGCCCAAAUAUGGUACGCGAUACAAAGCAUAUACCUUUUUGAAUUCUCAAAAGAUCUUUACUAACAGAAAGAUAGGCAGACACGAGGAUUGCAGAUGGACUUGUAUAGCAAGGUUUUUGUCUGACGAUGCAAAGGACAAGUCUGACAAGAAACUAGCUGAGGAUGUUCAGCAGAGAAUAAUAGAAUUAAAUGAAGAGAAGUUAGGUAAAUUAAAAGAGAGAGUGUUAGACAUAGAACCAGUAAUUUCUAAUGAGAAGGAAGAUGGAAAGGGACAAACGGCAACAAAGCUUGCUGAGAAGCAGUCUGCAGAAUUCAAAGAGCCAUCGAAAGAUGAUGUUAUGUCUAAAAAAGCAAAGAAGAAAGACAAAGUUAAUAAAUCGACAUCUUUGGAACGUAAUUUCAUUACGCCUGUGAGAGCUAUGUCAGAUUUUUUAUUAAAACCCUCUGAUCUGGAAUCUUUACCAAAAACAAAGAGACGUUCCCCGUAUGAAUUAGAACCACCUAUCACAGUUUACUGGAGAAAAGACGUCGAGGCUAAAGCUUUAGAAGUUUGGGGUUCCAAAGAAGCUCUGCUAAAGGAGCUUUUAAAGAAAGAAGUUGAGCGGAAGAUUUAUCAGCAAAAUGUUUUUACGGUUAAACGAAGAUUGAGGGAUUACAGACGGGAAAUUGGCAGCAAGACUGAGAUAAUUCAGAAGGAAGGUCUUUUCGGAAGAUCUGGCAAAGUAGUGUUAACUGCGAUUGCUAUAAAUGCUAGUAAUUUCUUGUGUAAAUUAAUUGCUUGGCUAUAUACUGGUUCACAUAGUAUGUUUUCUGAGUGCAUACACUCUGCAGCAGACACCUUUAAUCAACUGAUUUUAGCAUACGGCAUUCAUAAAUCCGUGCAGAACCCUAAUCCUGAUCAUCCGUAUGGUUACACAAAUAUGAAGUACGUUUCCUCCUUGAUAUCGGGCGUAGGGAUUUUUUGCGUUGGUACUGGUCUUUCCGUCUAUCACGGAAUUCAUGGUCUUCUUUUUCCUGCGCCACUAGAUUCUCUUUUUUGGGCGUAUUUUGUCCUGGGCGGAUCUCUGUUGUCUGAAGGAGCGACUCUAAUGAUAGCAUUGCAUUCUAUAAAGAAAGGUGCAGAAGAAAAGAAAGAAAGCUUGAAACAUUUCGUUUUGGAAGGACAAGAUCCAUCUGUAAAUGUUGUUCUCAUGGAAGACUUUGCGGCUGUACUUGGAGUUAUUGUCGCAGCUGGAUGUAUGGGCUUGACUUCAUAUUUAGAAAAUUCAAUGUUUGACGCUAUCGGUUCGCUUUUGGUUGGCGGUUUGCUCGGUGGAGUAGCAUCUUUUAUAAUAUACUCGAAUGUCGCUGCACUUAUAGGAAGGAGUAUAUCUCAAGAGAAUCUCGAUAAAAUUAAUGCUGAAUUAGAAGCAGAUAUAAUGGUUCGUGCAAUUCACGAUGUGAAAGGCAUCGACAUGGGUAAUAAUUUAGUCAGAUAUAAAGCCGAAUUGGAUUUUGACGGACGCGAACUCACAAGAUCUUACCUUGAUAAACAUGAUCUUAUUGUAAUGUUGGAGGAAGUGAAAAAUAUGAAAAAUAUUGAUGAGUUAGAGGCAUUUUUAUUGAAACAUGGGGAAAAUAUUGUAGACAUGCUUGGUGGAGAAAUUGACAGAAUAGAAUUAAAACUGAAGAAAAACCAUCCAGAAAUACGACAUUGUGAUUUAGAAAUUCUUUAAAGAAAAUUAUUGAUAUAAUUUCUUAAGCUAAAUAAAACUGGAUGUGAAUUAUUAUUUCAAUAAUAUAAGAAAUUUUAAUAUAAUUAAUUAGCAAAAUAUGCUUCUAUCGUAUACAAGUUAUUUUAUUUAGGAUUAGAAAAAUAUUAAUUUUUGUAAAGAUUUUAUGUAUGUCGUCUAUUGCUGUUGUGGAGAUUUUACGUAUCAUUCAGUAUAAUAAAUCAUAAAAGAGAUUUCUUAUAUA